AUGAUUGUAGAACAUUCAACUGGUUANUCCUAUUCGAUCGCUGUUGGCGACUUUAACAAUGAUACACACCUCGAUGUAACUGUUGCUAAUGCGAACGCUGGUAAUGUAGGUAUUUUUCUUGGAUACGGAAAUGGAUCUUUUCGGUCACAAACGACUUUUGCAACCGGUACAUGCCCAUAUUCAGUUGCUACUUGUGACGUUAAUGGUGAUCAACGGCUAGAUCUGGUUGUUGCUAAUCGAGACAGUAACACUGUAAGUGUCCUCCUCGGAUAUGGAAACGGAUCUUUUCAAUCACAAAGAACAUUUUCCACGGGUUCAUCUCCCUAUUCAGUUGUUUGUGCUGACAUUGAUGGUGACCAAGUAACAGAUAUGGCAGUCGCUAAUACAGGUGGUAAUACCGUAAGUAUGCUGCUUGGAUUCGGUAACGUCGCUGUUGCCGAUUUUAAUCGAGAUAAUCGUAUGGAUAUAGCUGUUGUUAAUUUUGGUAAUAAUACUUUGGGCAUUCUGCUUAGCAAUUGCAGUGACAGUUUUGCGACACAGGUGACGUUUAAAGCCGGUACUGGCCCAUGGUCAAUUGGUAUUGAUGAUUUUAAUAACGAUUGUGGCCUAGACAUAGUCGUCGGUAAUGGAGAUAGUCUAAGCGUUGGAGUGUUUUUAGCCAAGUAA